AUGUCUACACGACGUAGGCGAGAGGCUGAGAGAGCUGCUGAAGCCAGAUCAUCGAUUCCACAUCCCGAUAUUGGGUCUUCUCGUGCUAUGGAGGAGGAGGAUGUGGACCCUGUUCACGAGACUAAGGUUGUAGCUCGUGGAGGUCGUGGAGGCCGGGGACGGGGUUGUGGAGGUCGUGGUGGUCGAGCUCAUACUCGAGUCAAUCCGGAUGUGCUAGAUGGUCCAUUCCCCGGUGGCCCGCGGGAUCCGUCUUUGAUUUCGAGUUUCAAGUCGCACGUUGCGACAUAUAUUUGGAGGGCAGAAGAACGUCCGGUUGGACGAGUUGAGUCCCGUAUCAACUCCCUUAACCAAUUCAACUACGAGAAGAUAGCAGCUGCCCUAGAAGACAUAGAUGUAUCCAUAGACAAGCAUUUUCUGCGGAUGACCGGUGCCAAUGUGGAGGGACGGGUGGUCGCGCCUAGGUACGACGAGGUCAUCGAGCGGACAAACUGCGUGUAUUUGCUGUCCGAGGUAUUAAACCUCGAGUUUGAGGAGAUUGACGAGUCAUGGAAGCAUGGGGGCCCCACAUGGAGGAUGAUACAGGGACAGUUGUUGAUGCCCGAUACGACCAUGAGACGCCGAGUUCAGAUAUACCUGGUGUUUCUCCUCGAAUCGAUUUUAUUCCCCGACAAGACAUGUGAUUGGGUGAAGCCGUGGUAUAUGCACGUGCUCGAGGAUUCGGUGCUUGGUGAGGUCGGCACGUAUUCGUGGGGUUCGGCCUGUUUGGUCAAUCUAUACAGGGAGUUGGGUACAUGCAGCCCAGCACAGUCGAGGAGCUUGGCGGGUUGCACCACCCUUCUUCAGUGCUGGAUAUACGAGUAUUUCCCGAGAUUCCAGCCGCCAGAGGAGAGCGAGCAGUACCGCGAGUUUCAGCCUCGAUGCAAGAGGUGGAACGCGCUGCCAAAAGCGGGCACGCUCGAGCAUAUUCGAGGUUUACUUGACAAUAUGACAGCGGAUGUUGUCGAGUGGCUACCGUAUGGUCGAGAUAUACACGAGAGUAUCCCUCGUACGUUGUAUCAUGGCACAAUCCAGUACAUGUGGAUCGUAGAGCCGUAUAUGCCUGAUCGUUGCGUCUGA